AAUAUUCGAAUAACAAGUCAAUAGAUGGGUUGUCUACCUAUACCCUUACCUGGUCGCAAGAAAUCCGAGUGCAUUAUUGCAAAAGUGGGUGAGAGAGACGAAAUGUGGCAGGAUUUGCAGACGGGUCAGACAAUAUCUGGUUACCAAGCCCAGCUCUAUAGAACAUCCUACUUUUUAAAAUUCAGUUUUAUUUUAUUUAUCUAUUGUAGCUCACAGUUUGUAACAAGCCUAAAGUGUCAAAGCUGGUUGAGAUCAGAAUAAGGGUAAGGAGAGGGAGAGGCAAGGGGCACAGCUCGUGUCAAGCGAGAGAAAGUGGGUGGAAUUUUUUUCCACCCACUUUUCACCUCUGUGUUUGUCCUGAUGAUGAGUCGGGUAAAACAGCGUCACGGCCCGAGAAAACGGUAUUAGACUACAGCUGACGGUCGGGUGCGUGCCCGCGUGUGACGGCCUAACUACCCCUUUACACCUGGCCAGGUAAGCUGGUGCUUUGCUGUCCUUUUUCACGGUCGUUUUCCAGGGAAAGUGUUGCUGCUGAUGAACGCCAGGAGCAGCCAAUGCUAAAGGAAAAAGUCCAGCUGCUUCCUCGACUUUCUUUUCAUUUUACCACUUGUCGUCUGUUUUACCUGUGGCUGAAAAAAAGUGUUGCCUGCGACGAAACUAUACAGUCGAGCUACAGAGGCUGCACCUUGUUAGCGUAGGUAAAGCUUUUCACCUGUUGCCACCUUGUAAAAAGCUGUGAUGUCGAGCCUUCUCUGUGUCUACACAGUCGUUACACAUUCUCCGCGAUUGCCCCUUUCGAGUUCGUUGAGAGCAUAAUCGUCGAUUCCAGGGAGACUACUGUAACUGCUGUGUCGCGGUCAUCUAAAAUUGAGACUACAGAACUUUGUUACAUCUUUACUAAAUUUUUGUGAGGUAUUUUUAAAUUUUGUUUUUAUUCUUUGACGGAACAUUUGCUUCUUCUCACAUUUCUCAGAGAAAUCUUUCAAAAUGUCUAUCGGAAAUCCUUCCUCGAAGAUAAAUUUAGUCCAUAUGGCUCUGGCGCUGGCGGUGUUGCUCCAGCCAUCUGAAAACGGUGCACGAGCUCAGAUAUCUUCACCAACAGUUGCAUCACAGCUGGCUGAGCACUACGGUCAGGGCAUCGCUCAGAUCAUCAUCAUUAACUUCAACUUCUUCAUCGGAAAUCCCUCGGCACUCGAAACCUAUCUACUGCGUCUACGACAACAAGGGAGAUUAUCGAGGUUGUGCUUGUAUAUACCACAAAAUACAAAGUGCCUGAAUCCAAGAUUCGGUGUGUUCACACAAACACAGCUGAUUGUAAAUUACCUGAAGGCUGAGUGCUGCACACCAGGUAUAAUGACUCUCCCGCCAUCUACAUCAGCGCCGCGAACGACACCCAGUUCAAUACCAACUACAGCAAGUUCGACAUCGAGUACACAGUGCGGCAGGGUAUCGCCGAUCUUGCCUAAGAUUAUCCAGGGUGACAAGGCGCUGGCUGGACAGUUCCCUUGGGCCUGCAUGUUGCUAGGAGACGGUGUGCAGCAGUGUGGCUGUGUCAUCAUUGAUAGGACCCACGUGCUUACAGCUGGCCACUGUUUAAAUGGGCAGGUUGAGGACAACUUACUGACUGACCGUGGCUUCGAAGUGAUCGCUGGCAAGUUGUACACAGACUUGGAGCGGGUGGAUCGCUCAGAACAAAGGAUUCGCGUGGUGAGCGGCAAGCGCCACGAAAAUUACGACCCGAGUCUUUUGAUCAACGACAUCGCGGUCCUGCUGCUAGAGAGCCCGCUCACCUACACCGACUACGUGUCUCCGGUGUGUCUACCACCUUCAGUCGCUGACCUGCCCUCGCCCUGCACGCUGGCCGGAUACGGCACUAUUUCCUUCACGGGCCCAGUGGCUGAGCAACUGAUGUUUGAAGAAAUCCAAACAUACACAGCUGAGACGUGUCUCCAGACAUUCCAGGCCACCACACCCUACAAUAUUAGUAUUUACCUGACCCCGGGGGUCAUCUGCGCAGCAAACGGUACCGCAGGAGGCAAGGAUGCAUGUCGAGGUGACUCUGGCAGUCCACUAAUGUGCAAGCUGAACACCCACUAG